CACAUCAGCACCCCGCUUCCUCCGGUGAAAAGCUCACUGCUUCUUCUCGGAGUUCCAGAAUUCCAUCGAAUCUUGAACCGCAACUCGAUACGAUGGCAACGAAAAUUGUAGCAUUCGCUUUUCUAUGCGUUGGAGUGGUUCUCGCCAGCGAUGACAUCACCAGAACAAAGCGCGGUGUGCUCGGUGGAGGAGGCGGUUAUGGAGGUGGAGGUGGCGGAUAUGGUGGAGGUGGAGGUGGCGGAUAUGGUGGAGGUGCAGGUGGCGGUGGAGGAGGAAGCUACGUCAUCGUUGGCGCUGGUGGCGGAGGAGGAGGACACGGCCCAAGCGGCGGUGCCAUCGCCAACCAGGCCGCGGCCAACGCCGUAGCUGCGGCCGCCGGCCAAAAGGGCGCAGCUCAAGCAGCUGCAGCUGGAGCUGCCGCCUCUGCAGCAGCCAUUGCAUCUGCAGCCUCGCAGACAGCGCAGGCUGCUGCCGCCCACAAGCAGGCCAUGGCUGCCCAGAUCACCCAGGCGGCACAAGGCGCCCAAGCCGCGGCAUUCGCCGAGGGAUCCUUGGCAGGCAAGGCCAACAUCGCCCAGCAGGCUGCCAAGAACACCGCCAGCCUGGCUGCUGGACUCGCCAAUACCCUCAGCCAACUGGCUGGUGAGGCAAAUGGCGUGGCUGCGCAGUCUGGUAACAGCUUCGCCGCCAUUCAAGGUGUGCUGGACGCCCAACAGGCGAUGGCUUGGCAGGCACAGCAGGCAGCCAACUCGCUCAACCAGCAACAGACCGUCUCGCUCAACGACCUGCAGUCUGCCCAGUCGGCUGCUGCACAGGCCCAGGCGGCAGCCAGCAAGGCUCUGGCUAAGGCUGGAGGCGCCGGUUACGGCACCGGUGGCGGUGGCGGUGGCGGCUAUCAUUGAGACGUCUUUUGGCAGACAGACGAGCUCAGCACUCAUGAUGAUGGCGUCGGUCUUAAUGCUGCUCCGAAAAAAGAGGUUACAAAUCUCGACUCUGAAGAAUUAUCGAAUGCUGUUUCCAAUGACGUUAUGAUGAAUGUUUUGUCUAAUCCAGAGGCAAAGCCACUGGCUCAGAGCAGAGCCAUUCCUCUAGUUAGAAGUAAACUCUUUCCUCUAAUUGCAUCUGUCUUGUUGACAUUCAUCGUAUGAAAUGUCUUAAAAGCAAGGUGGCUAGUUCAGCUGAUUUUUUUUCGGUUGUAUGCUUUCGAGAAAUUGAUAUUUUAUUUUCAUAGGUCAUGGUAGCAAUGUUCGAUAAUUCAUUAGUGCUCUAAGUUUCGAAGGUCUCGUGUACCGAGGCUGGUUCCUGAGAACGAUGCACGACUCUGAUAAGUGUUUAUGUUUUUAUGGUUUACUUGCACCCGAUUAAGACGAUUAGAUUUUAAUAGUGUCUAAAUAAAUAAAUAUGCUAUCCCACAAAA